AUGCCUCGAUCAUCCCAGCGAGCUGAAAGCAUUCGAAAUAUGAGGAGGUCUCUUUGUCUUCACGUUACACAAGCUGCCUUUGAGGCCAGAUACAAAGAUACCGACGACGAGUCAUCUGCAAGUGAAGAUAGCGAAAUUGAGGGGCUAGUCAUGGCAAUUAUCUCAAUCAAGAAGAGGCGAUAUCUAGCUGAAAGGGUCCGACUCGAACGAGCCCCAGACAUAACUGAAUAUCUCUUUCGUCUUGAUACCGGCCGGUUCAAGCAGGAAUUCCGGAUGUCUCAAAAAUCCUUCCAUCAACUACUUUCUUUGAUUAAAAACAACUCAGUCUUUCAUAACAACUCGAAUGUGCCCCAGCGACCUGUCCGAGAUCAGCUCAUGGUGACGUUACGGCAAAUGGGGAUGUCAGGAAACGGUUCAUCUAUCGGGAUCCUUGCUUGUUUUUUUAGGAUUUCUGAGGGCAGUGUGAUCUUAUACUGCUCACGUGUGGUUGAAGCCAUUUUAGCACUAGAAAGUACCUAUGUUGUUUGGCCCAACCAUGAAGGUCGAGAAGCGAUUGCUUCCGAUAUUGCCAAUUCAACCGGAUUUGAACGAAUCAUCUACUACCUGACUGGAUGGCCAGGAUGCAGCCAUGACACCCGACUCUGGGAGAAUUGCGACCUCAAUCAACAAAAAGCCCGUUUCUUUUCACCUGGGCAGUAUCUUAUAGGUGACUCUGGAUUUCCGGCCGAGUCUAACCUUGUUCCAGCUUUCAAGAAACCACCACAUGGACCGAUGCCCCGAUUGAAGAAAAAAUUUAAUCAACAUCUGGCCUCCCUACAAGUAUGCAACGAGCAUUGCAUAGGAAUCCUCAAGGGACGAUUCCAAAGCCUGCGAGGCAUUCGAAUGGAACUCACCUCUGUGGAAACAAUGAAGAGGAUUACACAGUGGGUGAGUGCCUGUGUGGUCCUACACAAUUUCCUACUGAGUGAUGAAUCUCCAGCUAUCGAUCAUGAUUUGAUCGACCCAACUGCUGCCAUUGAUGAUGACAUUCUACCACGACGAGGUGCUAAUAGCCCUGGCAAUCAACUCCGAGAGCAAGUUUAUCAAGGUGUCUUGGACUACCUAGGUGUAUCUUAG